ACACACACACACACACACACACACACACACCACCGCUUGUUGGCCAGAAGCAGCGUCUGACGGCUGCAUCCUUCGCUGUAGCAACGCGGCUUCUCCAUCCUCCUCUGCGUCGUCUGCACCCCGACAUCCAGCCCGCACCAGUCUGCUGUGUCUCCACGGGGGGGCCAUUGUGAUUACUCCUUUUUUUUUGAGGGUGGGGGGGGAGAAAAACACAACACCACGGACAUGAUGGGUAACAAAGAGCGACGGGGCGUGAAUUUUAAAGGCUUGCUGAAGAGGAACUGGCUUCUGAUUGCCACGGUUAUAUCCGUGCUGCUCGGGAUCAGCUUGGGCGUCGUGGUCAGAGAGUACGCCCCCCUCUCCCAUCUGGACAAGCAGUAUUUCGGCUUCCCGGGAGAGAUCCUCAUGCGGAUGCUGAAGCUUGUCAUCCUCCCGCUCAUCAUUUCAAGCAUGAUAACAGGUGUUGCAGCCCUGGACUCUGAGGUUUCAGGAAAGAUAGGCCUGCGAGCAAUUAUUUAUUAUUUCUCAACAACCAUCAUAGCCGUUAUUCUUGGGAUUAUUUUGGUGAUGACCAUCAAACCGGGCGUCUCUCAGACCGCGGACCACAUUGACCGAGCCGGGACCACGCCCAACGUCACAACCGUUGACACACUCCUGGACCUCGUCAGGAACAUGUUCCCCGAAAACCUGGUGCAGGCUUGUUUUCAGCAAUACAAGACCAAGCGCAAAGAGCUGGAGCCACCGAAGGAUUCGGUCAACGCCACCACGAUCCCACCUCUCACGACUACUAUCACGUCGGUGGUGGAGAACAUGACGAAGGACUAUCAAAUCGUCGGGACAUAUUCGGACGGCAUCAACGUGUUGGGGCUCAUCGUGUUCUGCGUCGCGUUUGGCCUCGUCAUCGGGAAAAUGGGCGAGAAGGGCCGAAUCCUCCUGGAAUUCUUUGACGCCCUGAAUGAGGCCACCAUGAAACUGGUCCAGAUCAUCAUGUGCUACAUGCCAGUUGGGAUCCUGUUCCUCAUUGCUGCUAAGAUCAUCGAGGUGGAAGACUGGGAGAUCUUCAAGAAGAUGGGUCUUUACAUGGUGACGGUGCUGAGCGGUCUGGCUAUCCACGCCACCAUCUGUCUGCCGCUGAUCUUCUUCGUCAUUGUGAGGAAGAACCCGUACACGUUCGCGUUGGGAAUGGCUCAGGCCCUGGUGACGGCACUCAUGAUCUCCUCCAGCUCCGCCACCCUGCCCAUCACCUUCCGAUGCGCGGAGGAGAACAACCGCAUCGACAAGCGGAUCACCCGCUUCGUCCUGCCGGUGGGCGCCACCAUCAACAUGGACGGGACGGCGCUCUACGAGGCGGUGGCCGCCGUCUUCAUCGCCCAACUCAACGACUUCACUCUGGAUGUGGGCCAGAUCGUCACCAUCAGUAUAACAGCGACAGUUGCCAGUAUUGGAGCUGCGGGAGUCCCUAAUGCUGGGCUGGUCACCAUGGUUAUAGUCUUAACAGCUGUUGGAUUACCUGCGAGUGAUGUCACUCUGAUAGUCGCCGUGGAUUGGCUGCUGGACCGGUUCCGCACCAUGAUCAACGUCCUCGGGGACGCCUACGGGGCCGGUAUCGUCCAGAAGCUUUCCAAGAGGGAGCUGGAGAGGAUGGAUCUGACGUCCGACGUCGACGUCGCGAACCCGUUCGCUCUGGAGGCCGGUUUGGACGACGAAGAGUGCGAGAAGAAGUCGUACGUCAACGGAGGCUUCACCGUCGACAAGACGGACGCCAUCUCCUUUACCGAAACCUCGCAGUUUUAGCCCCGGGGGGGGGCGGUUCAGAGGAGCGGAGAAAGUGCCACGCUGCUAUGGGUGUAAAACGGAAAACCUUCCAUCACGCGUUAGCUCCCUGAAAAGAGCGGGGGAAACUAUCCAACCACGCCCAUCCUUAGACGUCAGAAAUCACACUAUAGCAGCCUCCAUCGAGCUUAUCCAAGAUGAUCACUCCUCAUGUUGGACAUUUACCCAUCAUGACUAGAUUAAAGUGCUUCCUUCUUACACUUAAAUUGUGCCAAGAUUAAAAAAAAUGUCAGUUUUCUGUG